AAAAAUCAACACAGACUAUGGAUUUAAAUAAGAAAAUGUCGCCAGACAAUCCCACACAAAUAUUGACGUCUCAUGAUUUGAGCCAAUUUCGUACCUUACAACAAACAGUGACACAGGCCACUGUCGUUGCUGCAGCCGCUGCGGCAACAAAUAGUUUAAGAGCCGUUGCUGCAACCGGAACAAAUAUUAAUCAAAUACAUCAUCAUCAGCAGCAACAGCAGCACCAACCACAACAACAACAAACUCCAACAUCAUCAUCAUCGUCGUCAACGAUAAAUAUCACAACAGCCGGAACAGUAAGCACAAAUAAUUUGAGUAGUCUAUUGGCGGCGGCCUCAAAGGUCUCCCAACAACAGCAGCAGCAUCAUCAGUUUUUCAACCCAGCAACGUCGACAGCAUUUAAUGCAGCAACAACAAUGCCGGCCACAUCAAAAUAUGUCCUUUUGCAACAAAAUCGUAAUGGCCAAUUUACGGCCUAUGAUGGUGGCAGUGCAGCGGCAGCAAAUAAUGGCAACAACAGCAGCAAUGGCAAUAUUGUGCUAUUGGCAGCGGAGCCAUUUGAGCCAGCCACACAAGAACAUCAUCAUCAAACAACUAGUAGUCCCCAUCAUCACCUGCAGCAGCACUCAAGUCAGAAUCAGCAUCAUCCUGCAACAGCAUCAACAACAACAAAUGACAAUGAUGAAGAAUUACAUUCAUUAGCCUGGUUGAAUAAUUCUAAUUUAAUUAAGGAAAUCGUAACCACAACAACAACGCCUUCAAGUAGUAGUAGUACUGCAACAACAACAAAUCCUGCAAUCACAUCAUCAUCAUCCUCUGCCUCAGCCUCAACAGAAUUGCCUCAUCAUGUGGCCGGCGAGGAACAAGUCAUAGCCACAAACAUCUCGCCCAAUUCCACGGCCGGUAUUGCUGCGGAACUGCCAGCCGAAACCCAAAUCACCACACUGAGUGUCAGUGAUUUCCAGCAGCAGUUUAAACGUUUUAGUGCCGCCGAUUUAAAGGAUUUAAAAUCGCAUACGAUCUAUGGUAACAUUGCGGCAUUGGGUGCCACAACAACGGUACAUGUGGGCCCCAGUGGCACCACCACUGUGGUGGAGUACAAAGCUGGUACGAAUUUCAUACCCAGCCGCCAGUUAAUUGGCGGCGGCAACACAACAACAAGUGGAGGUGGUGGUGGUAGUGGCGGCCUGGUUGCCACUAAUCUAAGCAAUAACAAUAAUCAUCAAUAUCAUGCUACUUUUGUGCCUUCUUCUUCAUCAUCGUCGUCUUCUACCACAUCCGGAGUGGGAUCCAGUGCCGGAACUCCUUUAAUAGUUACCAGCAAUGCUGGUGGUAGUGGUUCCAAGCAAUUAAAUUUACCCAGUACUACUUCAAUUGUUGCCAAUGGCAACAGCAAUACCACAACAACAACAAUUUAUCAAGGUCAUAAACAACAAACUAACAAUACAACAACACCCUCCUCCUCCACAAGCAGUACCACCACCAGCAGCAGUAGCAGCAGUAGCACAACCCAUCAUCCCCAUAAAAAGUAUUUAAGAGAGAAAAUGAAUGUUUUAGAUCAAGGAGGUGGUGGUGGUGCUGGUAACAACUCUUCCUCUUCUUCAUCACCUGCUGCAUACUCGUCUUCGUCAAAUAGUACAAGCACCAAUACCACAACAAUGGCUAAUGUUACAUCCAGCUCCUCCUCGUCGGCUGUGGGUUCUACCAUUACCGUGGUCUCAUCCCCAGCAUCAUCCAAUACCUCCUUGUCAUCCUCCUUGUCAACAGCAGCUAUUAAUGGCGGCAACAGUCCACCAUUAAGUAAAACCUCUUAUUUUACCCUAAGUGGUUCUUCGACACCCAUAGCUCUCAACUACAGUAGCUCAAAUUCAUCGACAGCAGCCGCAGCAGCAGCUGCUGGUGCAUCAGCAUCAUUUAUAGCGGUUUCUUCGACAAAUUCUUCAUCAUCGGCCGUAUCACCAAACUCCUCGGGAAUAUGUACCACAACGGGUAUACCGCCGGGUUAUACAUUAGUCAGUCAUCCGGCAUUGUCAUUGGCGAACAACAACAAUACAUCCCAUCAUCAGCAGCAACAACAACAUAUUGUGGUUUCCUCGCCAAAUUUAAUGGUUUCACCUGAAACGCAAACGCAACCUCAACACACAACCAAAGAAUAUUAUAAUUUAAGUACACCUCAACAGUUACAACAACAUUUGCAACAACAGCAACAACAACAAGCAAUACGUAGCCCUACCUCCUAUUCAAGUUAUGACAAUGAUUCUCUAAAAGAUUUCGAAAUAUCCAAUAGCAAUUCAAAUAUUUCAAGCCAAAGAAUAAAUGGUUCAACGCCACAAUUACAUCAGCAGCAACAAGCACCCUUAACACCAAAAUCAUCCUCUUCCAGCUCUUUAACAAUUAACACAAACAGUUCGAGUAACAACAACAACAGCAGCAGCAACAACAACAUGGUUACAACACCACAAAAACAAAAACAUGCCAAUAAAGUGCCAUACGAUCCAUUGGUACACACACACAAUAAGCCACCAUAUAGUUUUAGUUCCUUAAUAUUCAUGGCCAUUGAGGGUUCCGAAGAAAAGGCCUUACCCGUAAAGGAAAUCUAUGCCUGGAUUGUUCAACAUUUUCCCUAUUUUAAGACCGCACCCACUGGCUGGAAGAAUAGCGUACGCCAUAAUCUAUCAUUGAACAAAAGUUUUGUUAAGGUGGAAAAGGCACCGAACAUGGGCAAAGGUUCCUUAUGGCGUGUCGAACAAAUGCAACGUCAAAAUCUAAUACAAGCCCUAAAUCGUUCACCAUUCUUUCAAAACUCCUCAGCGGAUAAGAUCAAUUUGAAGAGUCCUGGCGGUACAAUGAUGUUGCCAUCAAAUGGCUCUGGUGGCUACGAUCUGGUUCUUGAUGGCUCGAAAUCAUCGAAUGGCGGCGGCGGCGGCGGAUCAACAUCCCAUAUUAAUUCACGUUUCGAUCCAAAUCUAUUUCCAAAUUUAUCGAAAGCUUUUAAAGAUAUCAGUGAUGUGGUACCCGAUGUACCCGAUGAUGAAUAUCCGUCCGAUUAUAGUACAACAACCAAAGGGAAUAAUAUAUUUAAUGCUACUAAUCUAUCCUCAACACCACAUAAAAAUAAUCCGAACAAUGGUUAUAUCUAUCAGAAUGUAAACAGUCCCAUAAAUGUUCCAAAUGGAAAUAAUGCUAUCGGCAUUGGAGGAGCGGAACAUAGUAAUACCUGCCAAACAAAUAAUCAUAAUUCAUCAUCGUUAAUGGGUACAUUUAGCAAUUAUGAGAGUAUCGAACGUCUGGCCCGUGACUGUGGGGCGGAGAGUAUAGAUGAUGUUAAUGCCGCCACCGCAAUGUUGGCCUUAAAACACGGACCAAAAGUUUUUGAGGAGACCUUUCAAAAUGGAGCCCCUGUUAUCACAUCUUCCCCCAGUGAAGAUCACACCUAUUCCGCCGGUGGUGCUGCUGGUACUGGUGGUAGUAGCGGCACCGGCAGUGGUGCCUCAACACCGCUAAUAAAUGGCGGCGGUUCAGCACUAAUCUUAAAUGGUAAUGGCCAUUUGACGCAAUCCCACAAUCAAGGCUGUGCCGCUGAUAAUCAAAGCAAUUGUGCAUCUUCGGAUGCGGCCUAUGAGAGUAGCGAAGAAAGCCACAACAUAACACCCGAAGAAUUGGAAGAUCAACAACGCCAUCGCGAUGGUGUAGAUGCCUUACUUUCACUUUCUUUAUCCUCAGGUAUUGAUACUAGUUCUACAACCACCAAUAGUCAAAACUCCAGUCUUAGCUCUAACUCACCGAUUAAAAGACCACCUUCGACCACUGUGGAGGAGGAACACCACAUAUCCAUUCAUAUGGAUAGAGACAACAACAACAGCAGCAGUAGUAGUAAUUAUCUUAAUCAGCAUCAGACUUUGCAACAACAGGCCCACAAUAUGAGCAAAAUGGCCUUGCUUAGUACGGCGGCAGCCAAUUUGGCCUAUGUCAGUGUUAAUAAUAAUAGUGGUAACCGACUUAAUAAUAAUUCCUCAUCAUCGGCAUCCCUGUUGGAUGAAGGCUAUAAUACCCAAAGUUAUUUUGGUUCCUCCACAACAAAUGCCAAUGGCUCCGGUGGCGGCGGAAUUAAUCAUCACACCCACUAUGGUGGUGGUAAUCACAAUCAGCACCAUCAUAGCCUACACCAUGGCCUAACCACCACCAGUCGCAAACCCAAAUCCUUGAAAAGUUUACGUACCAAAAUCAAGCGUAAGGCCACCUGGAUGAGAUGA